UUUGGUAACAUUCCAGAUUCUGCCCACCAGGUCGCUCUCCUAUGAUGCAUUCAAAUAUCAUCCACAUAACUUCAUAAUUAGGAUGGCCAAGGAGAAGUUAGAGGCUAGAACCCGAUGGUUUGUUUACAUCAGCCACUUCCUGUCUGCCUGGGGCGACAGGAUGUGGUCGUUUGGAGUGGGAAUAUUCCUCGUUCAGUUGGAGCCAAUAUCCUUGAGACUGGUUGCUGUGUAUGGAUUUGCUAAUGGCGGUGCUAUCUUGUUACUAGGGGCCAUUGUCGGCGACUGGGUUGACAGGACGGCCAGACUUUCUGCGGCGAAGUGGACAUUGAUGAUACAGAAUUUGAGCGUGUGCUUGUGUUCUGUUCUUGUGUACUUCGUGUUCCAGUACCAAGAUGAGAUAAAGGAAAUUUGGCCACAGCAGGGUUUGGCUGACUUGUCCUAUGCCAUCAUCAUCAUCUUCUCAAUAAUAGGAAAUCUGGCCAGUGAAGGACGCAAAAUUGCAGUGGAACGGGAUUGGAUUGUCGUUAUUUGUGGGCGGGAUAAAGACUUGCUUGCAAGUAUGACCUCGUUCUUGAGAUCCAUUGACCUUACGACCUUGAUCUUGGCGCCUGUUGUCACCGGACAGAUCAUUGCCUUCACAGUGAUUGGCUAUGGUGCUCUCUUUAUAGCCGCAUGGAAUCUGGUGUCAGUUGUGAUUGAAUAUGUCUUUGUUUUAAAAGUCUAUGAGGAAGUGCCAGCUUUAAGAGCAGUUAAAAACAAAGGUCGUAAAUCUAUUGAGGAAGAGCCAGCAGAUAAAGAUUCUCCAUUGAUGAAAGAGGGAGAACAAAUCACUGUUAAUGAAGACCUUGAAGAGGCCAGUAGUGUAUAUAACCAAAACAAGCAUCCGUUGGACCUUGAUGAAACCAGCCUUAAAACAGAAAAUGCUAUAAAAAGCAUGUCAGGAGAAGAUGAAGAUGAAGAUCCAAGUUGUCAGGGGAAAUGUUGUAAUUGUUUAGGAAAAGUUUUCAAAAGUUUUAUAAUUUUGUAUCGUGGCUGGAGUACUUACAUGAAGUAUGACGUUGCUUUUGCUGGCCUUGGCCUGUCGAUGCUGUACAUGACUGUAUUAGGAUUUGAUAACAUAACAAGUGGUUAUGCUAUUUCUCAGGGUGUCUCCGAGUCUAUAUUGGGACUUCUAAUGGCAGCAGGUGCUAUUGUAGGAAUCCUCGGAACCAUUGCUUAUCCUCAUAUCCGGAAACGCAUCGGCUUGGAAAGGACCGGAUUAUUUGGAUUUCUGACAGAGAUUCUAAUCCUUACAUUGUGUGUUGCUGCUAUCUGGGCACCUGGCAGUCCAUUCGACCUUCUCUACAAGUCAAAAGUUCCAAAAGGGGAGAUAACAACCCAAGAUAAAUGUGGAAACUUCAGCAUUAUUGAUACAAAUCUCACAAUAAAUGUUCUAAACAAUGAAACAAGUUUGGGUUACAAUUACACCUCUGAUUUGAUAGCCAAUCACAGUGUUAUAUGUAAUGGAACAGGAGAUGAGACAAAUUCAGGGCCAGAUUCUUACAUCUCUAUUUCACUGCUAAUGGGAGGAAUUAUUGGUGCCAGGUUUGGACUUUGGAUAGCAGACCUUACCAUUACACAGCUUUUCCUUGAAGCUGUCAGCGAACGUGAGCGUGGAAUUGUCAACGGAGUUCAAAGUUCACUGAAUCAAUGUUCAGAUAUGUUGAAGUUUUUAAUGGUCAUCAUUGCACCUGACCCGGAAGUUUUCGGAAUUCUGAUCUUAAUCUCAUUUUCCUUUAUUUGUAUUGGUUGGGUGUUUUAUGCUAAAUAUUCAAGAUCAGCUCGCGGACAUCUCUUCCAUUUUGACAAAGUUGCGUCCUGUGUCGACUCCAAGAAGGAACAACCAGUAACAGACAUGACAAGACGAGACACUGAAGACAUUCACAGUAGAUCGUGAUAGCAGUUAUAAGUGAUUACACGGUAUAAUUAACCAGUUGUUUUUGUUUUAAAUACUUCAGUGUGUCAUAAUUUUGUACGAAUUGGUUGCAUUUUUAAUAUUUUGUAGAGGAAAAUCGCUCACUAAACACACUAGAUUGCUACACUAAGGGUAAGGAUUUCAUAUCACUACUGUAUAUAGGGCCAGAUAUAUGUCUCAAAAUAAAUUUUGUUGUGUUUUGAUUAUGUGUAGAGAAAAGGAGGAAAAUAACUGAGUAUGAUGAAGUAUGAUGUAUGUGGGAGAGCAAACUGAAUGGACAGUUGGCAGUUUUUUUGUUUUUUUAAACACUUAUUCAGAAUGUUUUAGUUUUUGUGUGCUUUAUUGACUCACCAAUGAAAACUAUUUGUGUGCGAGGAAUUUUAUUGUUUAUGUAUAAGCAUUAGUUGCCAUACUUUUACAUCGGUUAGCACUGAGUUUGUGAGAAAUACCUAGGAAUGAAUUUUAGUAAGAUCAUUAGUUUAUUUGGCACUGCUAGAUUUCAGCUUCUAAGAUUUAUAACUUAAAAAUUAUAUUUUUCCUUGAAUCAUUUGAUAGAUUCCUUCUAAAUAUAUGUCCAGACAUUGUUGGAUAAUUUUUUAAGUAUAUCUCAAAUUGCCUACAGAUUUUAUCUUCACACAAGCAUGCCCCUUUGUUGUUUCACCUUUUCUGGUGACAUGACAUUCACGGCUGAAUGAGUUUCAGAUGUACAUUUUUUUGUUA